UUACAUCUGGUUGUUGUGGAAAAAUAAUCAAGGGGAGCAAAUGCCUAGUUUACUGGAGCGCACUCCGUAUUAUCUGAAAGAGGCGAUUUUGAAUUCCUUAUUUGGUUAUCACUUGCAAAACCACCCGGUACUUGGCCGUUUUCAUUUAGAUCUAUUAAGACAAAUGGCUGCUUCAUUUAAACAACGAAUUUAUUGUGCUGGGGACACCAUAACUUUUGCUAACGACCUUGACGAGAAAAUGUACUUCAUCCACGACGGCAUUGUUGAAGUUAUCAACGAAGACUCUAUGACAACCGGGAGGGUACCGAAACAAUUGACAGAUGGUGAAAUGUUUGGUCUUGAACAGGGACUUAAUCCAAGAAAAGGACAUUUUUAUACGUACAGAGCAAAGAAAUAUUCGGUUAUAUUAAUGCUAGGUUACCGUUCGUGGUGUCAUUUGUUACAAUUUUUUCCUGCAUCUCAAGCUAUAGCACAAAGUUUGGGUUUAUUGGCAGCCAAAGAAGACAGUAUAUGAGAUGCGACAGGACAAUUAAGUUUGUUAUA